UAUCAUUUUCUACUAUUAGAACGAAGAUACCAAUACGGGAUCCAAUAAUUAACCUUAAGUAUUUUCACUAAAUAGACAAAUGUGUUCUUGUUUGGUCUUGGUAUAUAACGUAAACUUAAAGAUCACAUUAACAAUAUGUUUCAUCACUAAUAAGUGGUCAGUGUCAGUUUAUAGUGACGGGAUUAUUUAAAUAUAUAAUCCUAUUUUUAAUAAAGUACUAACUUCCUAAAUUAAUAAAAAAAUUUAUAGUUUUAACAUUAAUUAAUUUAUAGUGUUUUUAGUAUAUCUUGAUAACAAUGUGCGAGAGUUUUUCUUUUAAAUUCAUUUUCACUUGAAUAGUUUGAUAAGGCGAGGAGAUUAUGGCGGCGGCAGGAAAACCAGAAUUCGAGGUUGCAACACGUGACCAGAAGGAUAAGAGUGCGUUGCUCAAAAAACAACACAAUCUUCGGUUUCUUCCUCGCCAAGGCAAACCAGACAAGAAGACAGAGCACUGCAUAAUCUGUCUGGACGACGUUGAUUCCGACCUAAUGUUCUACGUCGAAAGAUGCGGUCAUCGGUUCUGCAUUAACUGUGUGAAACAACACAUUAACGUGAAGCUGGUCGAUGGCAAGAUACCUAACUGUCCUCAUCACGGAUGCGUCUUCCAUCUCUCUAUCGACAGGUGCGGCGAUGUUUUGACGUUCAGGGAAAGAUUGGUGUGGAUGCAGAGGAUUAAAGAGAACUCGCUUCCUUUGGCGGAGAGAGUUUAUUGUCCUUAUGAGAGUUGCUCUCACCUGAUGUCCAAGACCGAGCUUUCUCGUAGCGGAUCGUAUUCUGGAUUCAGGAGAUGCUUUAAAUGCCGUGGGGGGUUUUGUGUCCAUUGCCGAGUGCCGUGGCAUGGUAAGUUAUCGUGCAACGACUACAGGAGGUUGUAUCCUAAUAAGUUUAGAGAAGAUGGUGUUGAUGCAAAGCUGAAAUCUUUGGCGAGUCUUUGUGGGUGGCGUCAGUGUCCUAAGUGCUAUCACAUGGUUGGACGGUCUUACGGAUGCAACCGCAUAACUUGCAGGUGUGGGAAUGCAUUUUGCUACAAGUGCGGUUACUUAUGGAACAGAGGGAUUCAUGGAGACUGCAACCAAGACGAGGUCAUCUCGGAUUUUAUUUUUUGUCAGUUUUUGUUUCUCUUGUAAUACUUUUCGUCGUUUUAUUCCACCUCCUUCAAUAAGAGUCUUAUAGAGAUUUGGAUCGUGUAAUGGAGAUUAAUCUGGGUCUUAAUUUUUAAACAUAUCCGUCUCUCCAUUGAAUAUUAUCCUUUGAAUUGUGUAUGAACUUAAACGCGAAUUUGCUCAAGGGAGGCGCUAGUUUGUGACUGAUAAAAUAAACAAAUUGAAACUAGCAGACUAGAUACGUUCUCAAAUGUUUAUCUUCCAGACAUAGUAGACUAGAUAAGUUUGCAUCAUAUGGGUUUAACUUAAAACCAGAAACCAAACGUGUAUUCCUGACAUAACAUUAAAGUAUUCUUGCAUAGAGUUCAAUCUAAAAAAAAAAACAAUUCAA